UCUCACUCUCUAUAAAUACAACACUCCCCACACUCCUCUCUCCCAAACCCAAGAAACAGAGAGAGAGAGAGAGGAAAGAAGAAAGAGAAAAGGAAAAAAAUGAGAGAAUAUUGGACCUCGUUGGCGUCGCUUCUGGGAGUGUUGGCGUUCUGCCAAACCAUCCUCCAAGCAGUGUUCCCUCCGGAACUCCGUUUCGCCUCCGUGAAGCUGUUGAACAAAGUCUUGCAGUGCUUCUCGGCGUACUGCUACUUCGACGUAACGGAGAUCGACGGGGUGAACACGAACGAGCUGUACAACGCGGUGCAGCUGUACCUGAGCUCGUCGGUGUCCAUAAGCGGGAACCGGCUGAGCCUGACACGCGCGGUGAACUCGAGCGGGUUCACGUUCGGGCUGGCGAACAAUGACAGCAUCGUGGACAAGUUUAACGGCGUGAGCGUGGUGUGGGAGCACGUGGUGACGCAGAGGCAGGCCCAGACCUUCUCCUGGCGGCCACUCCCCGACGAGAAGCGUGGCUUCACUCUCCGCAUCAACAAAAAGGACAAGGCUUUGAUCCUAAGCUCCUACCUUGAUUACAUUAUGGACAAAGCCAGUGACAUUCGGAGGAAGAAUCAGGAUCGCUUACUCUACACCAAUUCCAGAGGUGGCUCCCUCGACUCCCGGGGCCAUCCUUGGGAAUCCGUCCCUUUCAAACACCCUAGCACGUUUCACACGUUGGCCAUGGACCCCAAGAAGAAGAACCAGAUCAUGGACGAUCUCCAGGACUUCGCUAAUGGACAAUCUUUUUACCAUAAAACUGGAAGGGCUUGGAAGAGGGGUUACCUUCUCUAUGGCCCUCCUGGUACCGGUAAAUCUAGCAUGAUUGCUGCUAUGGCCAACUUCCUCGGUUAUGAUAUUUACGAUUUGGAGUUAACCGAGGUGCAUAACAACUCUGAGCUCAGAAAGCUCUUAAUGAAAACCAGUUCUAAAUCCAUUAUUGUUAUCGAGGAUAUCGAUUGCUCUAUCAACCUCACCAACCGAAACAACAAUAACAACACCGCCGCCGCCACCACCACCAGUUCUGUUUCCAGGAGUUACUAUGAUUCGGAGAUACGAGGUUGUGGUGGUGGUGGCGGCGGCGGCGCUGAGGAGGGUGGGAACACGAUUACUCUCUCUGGCUUGUUGAAUUUCACGGACGGGUUGUGGUCUUGCUGUGGGAGUGAGAGGAUAUUCGUGUUUACCACCAACCACAUUGAGAAGCUUGACCCUGCUUUGUUACGAAGUGGGAGAAUGGAUAUGCACAUUUUCAUGAGUUAUUGUUCCUUCCCUGCUUUGAAGAUUCUGCUGAAAAACUACCUUGGGUGUGACGAGGGGGAUUUGGAAGACUCGAUUUUGAAACAGUUGGAGGAGGUUGUGGACGUGGCGCGCAUGACUCCGGCGGAUAUAAGCGAGGUUUUGAUCAAGAAUAGGAGGAAGAAGGAGAAGGCGGUGGAGGAGUUGUUGGAGACGUUGAAGCUGAGAGCGGAGAUGAAUGCAAAAAAUGGGGUUUUGAGGGGGAAAAUUGAAGAGGGAGAGGAAGAGGAAGAGGAGCAAGAGAAGAGAGCCUUGGACAGUGAGAGUCCUAAAGAGGAGUCUGAGAUUGAGGAUGAGGAGAAUUGUUGCAAGGAAGAAGAGAAGAUCAAGUGAUGAUAUAUAGUGAUGAUAAUAAUGUUGUUCAAGACUCGUUCCCGUGCAGUGAAGAACAAGGAGGAGAAUACAAAUACAAAUACACUGUAAUGUAAUAUCUAAGUGUACUCGAUCAUGAACAAAUUUUUUUUACGGGGGAGUUUGAUCUGA